AAUGUGACAAUACUUGCAGCAAUAUCGAACAAUGGUGUGGAGAAUGCCUCUGCUAAAAUGAUCAAAGGGGCCACAACAGCUUCGAUAUUCAUUGAUUUUCUGAAGCCAAUUAUUCAGCGUUUAGACGAGACAAAUGCCGCCCCCCAUUUCUUCGUCAUGGAUUAUUCGGGUAUCCGUAGGGCUCGACCAACACAAGGCAUCGUAUACAUUAUUUGCCGCCAUACUCACCCCUUCCUCAACCCGGUCGAAGAGACCUUUUCUAAGCUCAAGGGUUUAAUGAAGAGAAAACCCGGCUUAGCCAGCGAUCCGUUCUUGCAUGACAUAGCAGAAUGCAGCAAACAAAUCAGUCAGCGA